AUGGCUCCUACAAAGGACCGCAAGGAGCCCAAGUUCUCCCACCUGCCUCUGAGCACCAGCGGCCCCAUCAGCUGCGCCGUCACGGGCAGCGCGCUGCUCAAUACACCUUAUCUCAAUAAGGGAACAGCCUUCCCUGAUGACGAGCGCCGCGAGUUCAACCUGACCGGUCUGCUUCCCCAGAGCAUUCAUUCCCUCGAACAGCAGCUGCACCGCGCCUAUGAGCAGUACAAAAGCCGCCAAGAUGACCUGGCCAAGAAUACAUUUUUGACGUCGCUGAAGGAGCAGAAUGAGGUCUUGUACUAUCGGAUCGAGUCUAUCACGACCUCGCCCAAUGGGGGCGACCAGAGGAUAUCGACUACAUUGUGGUUACCGGCAUAUGGAGAAGAGAUCCUGGGUAUCGGAGACCAGGGUGUCGGUGGUGUUUUGAUCUCCGUGGCGAAGCUCGUCCUCACAACCCUGUGCGCUGGUGUUCAUCCCAAUCGAACACUGCCUGUGGUGCUCGACUGCGGCACUGAUAACGAGGAGCUCUUGAACGAUGAUUUGUAUCUGGGACUCAGACAGAAGCGUGUGCGGGGACACAAGUAUGAUCGCUUCGUUGACGAGUUCGUCAAGGCUGCCAGGAGGCUGUAUCCUCGCGCUUACAUCCACUUCGAGGACUUUGGUCUCACCAAUGCCAGAAGAAUUUUGGAUCAAUACCGCCCCCAUAUCCCGUGCUUUAACGACGAUGUGCAGGGAACGGGAUGCGUCACUUUGGCGGCAAUCACGGCUGCUCUACACGUCAGUCAGCAGAAGCUCACUGACCUGCGCCUGGUCAUCUUUGGUGCUGGCUCAGCUGGUGUUGGAAUCGCGGACCAGGUCAGAGACGCCAUUGCCGCCGAAGGAAACAUGAGUAAGGAGGAUGCUUCCAAGCAGAUCUGGUUGAUCGACAAGCCCGGUCUCUUGACCACAGAUAGCGAGGUAUCCGCCGCCCAAAAGGGCUUCGCCAAGGACCCUUCAGACUGGAAGGACAAGGACGCGUCUCUCCUUUCGGUCAUUCAGAGUGUCAAGCCCAAUGUCCUCAUCGGGACUUCGACCAAGCCCAAGGCUUUUACGGAAGAAAUCGUCCGCGCCAUGGCAGACGGCGUUGAGCGGCCCAUCAUCCUCCCUCUCUCCAACCCAACUCGUCUCCAUGAGGCCGUUCCGGAGGACAUCUACAAAUGGACCGACGGCAAGGCUCUCGUCGCGACAGGUUCCCCUUUCAAACCGGUCAAGGGCCCCUGGGGUGAAGGCGGUAAGGAGAUUGAGAUUGAAGUCGCAGAGUGCAACAACUCUGUCGUCUUCCCGGGCAUCGGCCUCGGCUCCGUGCUUUGCCGGGCGAGCCUGGUGACGGACAAGAUGCUCGUUGCGGCUGUGGAGGGCGUCGCGUCGCUCAGCCCCGCACUCAAAGACCAGACGGCGCCGCUGCUGCCGGGUGUGGAUGUCGUCAGGGACGUCAGUGUGAGGGUCGCGCGGGCGGUGAUCAAGGCGGCCGUCAAGGAGGGCGUGGCGACGGAGGAGGGGAUCCCGGAGGGGGACGAGGACUUGGACGAGUGGAUCCGGGAGCAGAUGUGGUCGCCCGAGUAUCGCCCGCUCAAGCUUGUUGAAUACAGUGAGGCGAGUCGGGAGGCCAAGGAUACUAGAUAA